GUACUCACUAGCUUCCAGCAGGAUAGACUAACAUCACCGGCAUAAUCUGGAUUAUUAACAAUGCUCUCUUGCUUAGUUCAUUAUUAGAAAUCAGAUUAUGUGCAGUGAUUGUGAUAUAUAAAGUAUACAGCUGAAUAGUUACUGUGGCCUGGAAUGAACAACAAUUACAAGCAAACUCAAUCAUUCAUUCAAACACCAUGUCUCAAUCCAAUCCUUCAAUCGUGAUCGUCCCAGGAGCCUGCGCCCUACCUGAACUCUACGAUCCGGUGACUACAAGAAUCGCAAGCCAGGGCUACGAAAUCCACACAGUUAGGCUACCCAGCGUGGGCCCCAGCGAUGGUCCCCUCCCGGAGCCCGGCACCAUGUAUGACGAUGCGGCAGCGAUUGCGCGUGAGAUUGAACGGCUAGUGGAACAAGGAAAGGAGGUCGUUGUGAUCGCGCACUCGUAUGGCGGGACGCCCGCCAGCCAGAGCAUACAGGGUCUGAUCAAGAGGGAGGGCAGCAAGGAUGCUGGUGGGGUGGUACGCCUGGCGUAUAUGACGGCGGUGGUGCCUCCCGAGGGCAGGUCGACCGCGGACGUAUUGGGUAGUCUUCCUAUGGACAUCUCCGUCGAUGAUCAAGGAUGGAUGAGUCUCGUCGACACCGCGGCCUUCGCAGCCACAGCCUUCUCCGAUAUGCCCCCCGACGAGGGCAAGACAUGGGCUCGACAGUUCACACACCAUUCAGCAGCCAGCUUGGCUAAUACCUUGACGUAUGCAGGGUACAAGAACGUCCCUGUCGCGUAUCUGCUGUGCACUGACGACUUGGUUAUUUCGCCAGACGUGCAGCAGAAGAUGAUUGAUACGGUUGCAAGUGAGAGUGGGCGGGAGGCGGACGUGACAAGAAUUCCCACUGGCCAUGUUCCUGUUGCAAGUGCUCCGGAACUCGUGGUGGAUUGGAUUCUGAAGAUUGUAGGCUGGGAGGAGAAGUGAGACAGCCGUUGGGGAAGAGCACAGUGUUGGUUAGGCACAUGGAAACAUAUAAUUCUAUGGCGCUCAACCACCGAGAAAAGGGGCCGACAUCGGUUCCUAACAGUCC